GAAACCAUGGUUUUAGGUGCUUCCAGUGAUUUCGCCUGUCGCGUUUGGACCCUUGCAGACCGACGUCUUAAAGUUAACCUGACAGGUCACUCAGACCGUUUAUUGGCAGCACGUUUUGUCGGAGGUGCUGAUAAUAUCAAUGCUAUUGUCACGUCUUCCUAUGACCGUACUAUAAAGCUGUGGAACGUGGGGCGGCGUCAGUGCUCCCGAACCAUCCCUGUCACUUCCCUCUGCUACGAUAUUAUCGCUUGUCCAUCCACACGCAGCCUUGUUAGUGGGCACUCGGAUAAGAAACUUCGUAUUUGGGACCAGGAAUCUGGCCAUCAGAUCAGCGAGAUUGCUCUCUCCGCUCGAAUCACCGGCCUAGAUGUCUCAACCGACAGUAUCUAUAUCUUGGCUUGUACACGAGAUGACAUUCUUCAUAUCGUUGAUCUGCGUCAAAACAGUGUCUUGAAGACCCUUCAGGCUGCGGACUUUCAUGUACAUGCAGAUUGUGUUAGACCCUGCUUUUCACCAGAUCGAGUAUUUGCCGCAUGCGGAUCGCAGAAUGGUGACAUAUUUGUGUGGAAUGUCAACUCUGGAAAUGUGCAGAGCAUUCUGCAUGGUCAUGAGUGA